AUGUCUCAAAGUUCCCAACAAUGUGAAGAAUUAAGGAAAGUGAAUUUAUCACUUGAGCGUGUUUGGCGACUUGAUUUGCAAUUAACUUCAAUUUUAUUAUGUGCUGAUUUACAGGAAAGAAAUGCAAACACCUUAACCUCCUUAAAGAGGGGUAAACGCUAUUUAGACUUUACUAAAGGCUCCCGUAUGUCGUGGCGUUGUAAUGUUAAAAAUAAUAUAUUAAAUGUCACAACCAUAUGGGGCUAUGGCUAUGGUUUUCGUGUUAAUUUUCCCUUCCCGGAUAAAAGUGAACGUCAUCAUGGAAUAUUCAAACGUGAUAUUUUUCAGGCUUUGACUGAUAUUUUAAAUGGCCAUGGUCUGGAUGGUCAAGCUUGUCUAUUGAAAUCAUUUUGUACUGCUUUAUUAGAUGUUAAUAGCGAUCUAAGCGAUGGCAUGUUGUAUAAACUACUUAAAUACAUGUUUACCUUAAACGACGAAGAUAAACGAUACUUCCCAUAUUUGCGACGCGAGAAUUGCCAACAAAUUUUACACAGCCACUGCCCGCUAAGUUUUAAUAAUAUAUCGCCAUAUACGGACGAUGUAUGACAAGUGUAUUCCAAUUUUUAAGAUA